CACAACCAGCAUCAAUUGUUUUAAUUAAGUAGCAUGUUCAUAGCAUCUAUUCUUUUUCCUAUAGUCUGGCAGCAUUUAAUACAAACUUCUAUGCACAAUAUUAAAUAUAACACUGUUUGUUUUUGUUAAAUGCAGGUAUCAGACUUUCAGCAUGAGCCCCCUCUGGCUCCAGUGCGGCCCCCCCUACACCGGGCCUCUCAGACGCUCGGCGCGCCCCUGCAGAGCGGCUCGGUGAAAGCCCCGCUCCUCCAGCGCCGCUCAGCUCUCCAUGGCCUACUGCAGCUCCAGCUACAACUCGUGGAGGCAAGAAUGACACCGGCGCUCCCCGACAUCAAAGCAACCUGAUCGUAAGGGCGGAUCUGCUUUCUUUUUUUUUUUUUUAUAAUCUUAAAAAAAUUAAAAUAAAGGAACACCAGAAUGAUGGCGCUUAUCUUUGCACCUUUACGGACUCGGUUAGUCGCGGUUAUUUUCACGUUCACUGCGCUGUGGGGAUUUGCGCUCUCCAUCACUCGGUACUCUAUACCGGAGGAAAUGGAAGAGGGUUCCUUUGUUGCCAAUCUGGCCACGGAUUUGGGUCUGGAUGUUCGCAGCUUGGAGGAGCGCAACGCCAAGCUCGAUGUCAUUCACAGCAAAAAUUACCUUGACAUCAACAAAGACACCGGGGAGCUGGUGAUCCGGGAGAAGAUAGACCGGGAGAGCAUAUGCAUGACUAAAACCACCUCGUGCUUUCUGAAAAUGGAUGUCAUACUCGCAAACCCCGUGCGCAUUUUCAACAUCGAGCUGGAAAUCAUGGACAUCAAUGACAACGCGCCCGUGUUUCGCAGGAAGACAAUGCAUUUGGACAUUACGGAGUCAACCCCUCCCGGUGAGAGGUUCUCAUUGACAAACGCGGUGGAUGCGGAUGUGGGGGCGAAUUCUAUCAAGACCUACUAUCUGAGCGAGAGCAAAUACUUCAACAUCGACAUCCAGACGGGCAGCGAUGGCUCCAAAUAUGUCGAUUUGGUGCUCAGUGGUAAAUUAGACAGAGAGGAGUAUUCGGUUCAUAAUUUGAUUCUGACCGCUGUGGAUGGAGGGGUGCCUCCCCGCUCCGGAACGGCCAGCAUCAUUAUUAACGUCCUGGAUAUCAAUGACAACGCCCCCCUCUUCAGUCAGCCGGUGUUUGCAGUGAAUGUGUCAGAGAACUCAGCAGCAGGUACAGUGGUGAUGACCUUAAACGCAACAGAUUUGGAUGAAGGCACCAAUGCGCAGUUGAUAUAUUCAUACACACUGUACACCUCAGAGAAGACUCAAGAGCUCUUCUCCCUUGACCCGAACUCAGGUGAGAUCAAGGUGAAGGGGGUGAUCGAUUACGAGGAGAGUCAAAGUUUUGAGAUGCACAUACAGGCCCAGGACAGAGGGGCCAACCCCCUGUCAGGACACUGCAAAGUGACGGUGUCCGUCACAGAUCUGAAUGACAACUACCCCGAAGUGACCAUCAAGUCUCUGAAAAGUUCCCUGACCGAAGACGUGGCCGUGGGGACGCUGAUUGCAGUGGUGAGCGUCAGCGACAGGGACUCCGGGGUCAACGGGGAGGUGGCGCUCUCCCUAAAUCAGCAGGAGAAGUUGCCGUUCCUCCUCAACAAAUCGUCGGAGGGUUUCUUUGAGCUGCUGGUGUCAAAGCCGCUGGACAGAGAGGUCACGAGCAAAUACGAGCUCAUACUGAGGGUGACGGACAAAGGCUCGCCGCCCUUGACUGAAAAUGAGACCAUCACUUUAGAGAUCUUGGACAUCAAUGACAACGCUCCGGCGUUCUCCCAGUCCUUCUACACAAUCCAUGUUGUGGAAAAUAAUUCACCAGGGGCGUUAUUGACCUCUCUGAGUGCAUUUGACCCAGAUCUCAAUGAGAACCAGUACUUGGUUUAUUUCAUAAUGGAGAAAGAGAUUGUGAACACGUCUAUGUCAAUGUUAUUCUCCAUCAACCCUGAGAACGGUGAUCUCUACGCCCUCAAGACCUUCGACUAUGAGAGAGAGAGGGACUUCCUGUUCCACAUUGAGGCGAGAGACUCUGGUGUUCCCCCGCUGAGCAGCAACGUGACUGUUCACAUCAUCAUUCUGGAUCAAAAUGACAACACUCCUCUCAUAGUGUCACCUUGGCGGGCGCAGGGCUCCGUCGUGGAGGAGGUGAUCCCCAGAUCCACAGAUAAGGGGCACCUGGUGGCCAAAGUGAUCGCCAUCGACGCCGACUCCGAGCAGAACUCCAGGGUCACGUACCAGCUCCUGCAGAUCACUGACGCCAGCCUCUUCAGCCUGGAUCAGUACAACGGCGAGAUCCGGACGACCAGGAUGUUCAGUUACAGAGACCCAAGACAGCAGAGGCUGGUAAUAGUUGCCAAAGACAACGGCCAACCUGCCCUCUCUGCGACCGUCACCAUCAAGAUAUCCACAGUGGAACAUGUCAUGUCCUUCUCAGAGACUACAGAGCUGCCACUCGAGUAUGACGUCUUCACAGACCUGAACCUGUACCUGGUGAUCGGGUUAGGCGCUGUGUCCUUUCUGCUACUGAUAACCAUCUUGGUUAUUAUUGUGCUCAAGUGUCAGAAACCGAAACCAAAGGCCAUCAAGAUCCCCCCAGCCAAUAGAAACAGCGUGAUCAGCAGAAACAGCGUCAUCAGCCAGAGAAGCUCCACCAUCGCAGAUUCCACCCUGAUCUCCAGCGACGCCUACUGGUACAGCCUGUUCCUCGCAGAGACCAGGAAGGGCAAAGUGGUCGUCAGACAGCCCAUAAUCCCCAAAGGAGCCGGGUAUUUUGUAUCCAGUAUACCAAGGAGCAUAGGGCCAAGUGAGACCACAGACUCCAGAGCGUCCACGCUGGAGUACUCAAAAUGAAAGGAAGUCCAUUCUACAACUGGAGCAGGAGCCCAGAAGAGAACUGCCAUGAUAUAAUCAUCUCUUCAUGGGAGUUUCUGGCUGAAAUUCUUCCUCUGACUCACAAAGAAGAUGUAAAACAACUCUCCUCCCCUCAGCCCCCUCUUGCUCCAAACCCCUUCUUUCUCUCUCCGGUCCCUCCGAUCCCACGCACAGACAUCGACCACUAAUCACCUCAGCUUUCUGCCGUCGUUAUUCUUUUUAAGCAUGAAUCUGCAUGGUUCUACGACAUGUUCAGAGUAGUUUUGGACAACGAUUUGAAAACCAUUAAUGGCAGGAUAUUAUUCUGGACGUUGCUAAAAGAGGCCUCAUGUAGUAAAUCAUUCCCUCCUUAGUGCUUUGAAGCUUCUUAAUGGACAAUUUUGCCUUCUCUCCACGGCUGUGUGCUGUAGUUCUAGAAACCAUCAGUAGUUUGUCAUAUACUUAAGUCAUGCAGCGUUUUUUUUUUUAAAGCAAGAACUGAAAACACGCCUAAUAAUAAUAAUAAUAACAAUAAUAAUGAAACACAUGAAUCAGGGUGAAUAUGCUUCUUCCAUAAAUCUGAUAAGUACGUAACUGUAGCUGGUUAUAUCUAGAGCCCGACUGAUGCUGGAUGUUUGGGGUCGAUGACGAGUUUAGGAGGUAAAAAAAAAUCUGAUUUUGAUCCGUUAAUAUUGUUUAUAUUUACAGUAUAUGAGUUGAAAAGGGAACAUGAUGGGGUCAUUGUGUAUUUCACAAACUAGUUAGCAACUUAUAAUAAGGACAAACUUGACUGUGCAGCACCGUCUGCUCACCUCUAUACUCUGCUACAUGUGCUGCCGACAGCUUUGAGAGUAUGUAAACAGUGGAGUCGAAGGUACACUGCUAGACAAACUAUGUGAUGACAUCCUUUCCAAAAUACCCCAAUCUGUGAAAAGGAAGCUGUAUCGGACUACAAAUAUGGCAGAACUGCUAUAUCUGAAACAGACCAGUAUUAAUAGUAAUAAUAGCGGCCAACUGAUACAUCGGUCGGGCUCUAGUUAUAUCUCUGAUUUAGGCUUUGCCCUUGGUGUUUUUUUUCUAAAUGAAACGUUUCUACAGUGUUAUGAGUCACGCUGUUAAGUCAGGCUCGUAUUAUCAUCUAGUAACUUUCUGAUAAAUGUAAUCAGUGGUUCAGUUUUAGGUAUUUUUUUUUUAUUUACGAUGUUUGUUGUGCUCAACAAGUUACGAAUGUGUGAAAAUGACAAAAAGAAAAGAAUGAAAGAAAAUUGUAAAAAAAAGGCAAAAACAAACAACAACAAAAAAGAAACCACAGGCCAUGCAUUGUUUCUGUUCUUAUUUGAUUGUAGAUAGUUCUAUAGAAACGAUAACGGAGGUCGAAGAAGCAAAAACGAGGCAACUAAUGUGCAGUUCAAACCUGAUCGGACUGCCGAGACAUGAAUUCCACUUGCAAUACUGAAUUUUCUGAUCCAAAUCUAGCAUUCACUGUUUCAGCCUGUGUCCUCUUGUUUGGAGGGAGGGAGCCGGGGUGAGAGUGCACGGCGGGAGGCGGGGGGAGGCGCGUCCUCCGAUCUGGGUUUUAUUCAGGGGUAAUCGCAAAUUUGAGCGAGGCCGGAGGGGAGCACGUUAAACAUUCAAACACGAUGAACCGUAUUUUUCAAAAACAGGGUCAAAUGUCAAUUUAACUUUCUUUGUAAGAAGAUUUGUUCAUCAAAAGCUUUUAUCUUCUUUCCCCCCCCAGCAGCUGGCAAAUCAAACGACGACUGCAUUCCUUCAUUGCACACGGUGCAAAUUGUAUUAAUCAGAAAAAAAAUACCGUAACAGUGAAAAUUUGAAAAAAAAAAAAAAAAGUAUUUUGUAAUGAUAAAUACUCUGUUUAUUCAAAAGAGUAAGAAUAUUAAAAAUGUAUUUAUCUUUGCCAGGGUACAAGGGGAUACAAGGUACAGGCAAGGUGGUGUUUUAUGAAUAUUCCUGUUUUUAUAUAUAUUUUAUGUAUUAACUUUUAAUGCUGCUUUUGUGAGCUUCUUCAAGGGCAUUUUGUGUUGCAUAUUUGUAGUUUAGUGCAUAAGAUGUUGUUUUGAUAGUGUACAUAAGUUUAAAAAAGAAAAAAAGAAAAAAAAAAGAAACUAGAAUACUUUUCUUGACCUCAAAGGUAGCGCUAUUGCACUACUGUUAAUCCCAGGACUUUAAUUUCUCAGAAACAAGGAGCUUAUUAGGACCACUCAUUAGGGUGCUAAAUGAUAAAAUGUAAUUGCAUGAGGUAAGAGGAUUGGAUUAUGAGAAGAAGAAGAAGAACAUAGUGUUAAUUAUAGUUACAGUAUUUUAGUGCUGACUCUGCAAAAAAAAAAAAAGAGGAAAAAACUGCUGAACCAAUAGAGUGCAUAGGAAAGUAUUAAGCAGAUGACAGCACUUUGAAUUUGAAAUAUGCACUAAAUCUAAAUGUGAUCGCAGCCAUCCCUCAGUAACGCAGUGAAGAUAGAACAUUUUCUGGAUGUAUCGAGCUCCAUAUUCUGAGUCAGUGAAAAUUGAACCUCUCUCUCUCUUGUCCUCCCUCUCUCACUGUUCCACCAGGCUGCCCAGACAUAAACACAGCUGGCAGCCUGUCUGUGAGACUAAAGAUGUCACUUAAUGAGGGAUCUCUUGCUGUGGAGUACGUGUUGUAUGUGCAAUCGUCGCCCGAGCCGAUUGAUUCCCCAACAUUGCUUCAAGAAUUAAUAAAUUGCACAUACGACGAGCUCCUUGUGUGCCUUCCGCAAAAGAUAAACGUGACUGUUGAUGAAUGAAACAAUGGCAUUUCCUAUAGUAUUACAAAUUACAGCUACUCCCACGAUACAGUACCUUAAAAUUGUUUGUUGGAUUGGGGCUCAGCCUUUUGGAUUCAGAGCAGACGUUCUACGAAGAACCAGUAGAUGCAUUUACUGUAAAUUGAAACUGCUUUAUACUUUGUGUUUUUUAUACAGUAGACCUUUUUGAUAUCUUCUGUAUUCACUGUGAUCGAAUGGCACAGGAGGUGUUUGUGCUCGAUAUAGUAAAAAAAAAGUGAGCUCUUUUCUCAUUUGUGUACACUGCUCGGUUUUUAUUUUCCCCGCCGCUGAUCUGCCAGUCAGAUUGUACAGUAUGCUUCGAGAGUCGCAUCAAACGUAAUCCAGUUUCCAUCCCGCUUCGUGGAUCAAAGAUAGUAUGGGUGAGAAUGGUCUUGCUUUAUUUUCAAAGUCUAGUUAAUUGUCGGAUUUUGAUGUUGCUUAUUUGGCUUAAAUGUCCUGCCUGAUCAUGCUAGUUUGAAUAAAGCUUUUUAAUCUGUC